GGACUAAACAUAUCAAACAUUGAAAUAUCCUACUUUAAAGAACUGGGGAUCCACAAGUAAAUGUUUGGUCAGAAUACAGAAAACAACUAAAUGUCAAGGAAACAGUCCAAUUGAGACAUUUUCCUCAUCUCUGAAAAUAUUUCAGCAGGAAUUAGACCUUUUGGAAGGGAAAGACUGUACUGGUCCACAGUUCUGCUGUAUGUUUUUUAGGCAAUAGAUACGUUGUUUUGCUAAAUAUAUGUUCAGAGAUCAUCUUCAGAAAGCUGAAACUUUGCAUGGAUCAUUAAAUCACCAUUAGAAGGGCUGUUUGUUAAAAGUCGCAUAUUAUAAGUAGGCAGUGGUGAAAUUGUAUGGAUUGAACUGAUUUGUUUUGACUGUAUGUUUGAAUUGAAAACUGAGCAUGUUCAUUUAAAUCAAUAAAAUAUGGAUCAAAAGUUUAAAAUUUCUCCUCCAAAAAUAAAGGCAAUAAGCAUAACAUUAAACAUUUUACAAAUAUCCCAAAAUGUUUUCCCGAAUUAUAUCUGUCCAAACGUUUGUUGUGUAUAUUUAUAGCUACUAUUAUCGAUAAAGCUUUUUUGGUCAUUGGUCCUUGUCUACACAAAUCAGCAUCCAUGAAAUUUUGUAGCUUCAACUUUUUUCACUGAAAUCCUAACAGCACAAAGCUGAUCAUGCAUUGCAUGGAUGGUCCUAUAGAUAACAUAGCUCACUCAUAUUUGUUGAAAUUAUUUCCAUCCAAAGUAUUGUUUGGUUCUCCUGGCAAAAUUAACUCACUUCUUCUGUUAUGAAAUACAGUUGAUCCAAAGGCUAUGGAGCCAAAAGUAAAAUUUAACUCAAAGAGAAGACAGCUGGGUUUCAUUGAAAACAUAUUUAUUUACAAUUGUUUGAUUGGCAUUCUAGAAGUUGAUUCAGUGUUGGCCACUUAUGGAGUGUUGGGCGAGGAGCUCUACAAAUGUAUCAAGCAAGAAUUUGUUGACAAUGUCGACCCAAAAUACCUACUUACUCUGCUACCUUUAGGGCCUGCUGUUGAGGAGAGACUUGGUGAAAUUAGAGAUACACAUGGAAGACGAGAGGGUGCCAGAAAGUUGCUCCUGGAAGUGAUGAAAACAGGUCCUGAUUGGGCUGAUGACCUGGUCAAAGCACUGAGGCAUCCAACUAUCAAAAUGGACUUCCUUGCUGAUAUCAUAGAUGAAAAGAGAAGGCAGCUUCAAAGUGAAAUAAGAAAUAUCACCUCUCAGCAAGGCAAUCAGACCACAAAAUAUGAGACGCCUGAAAGCAGUAAUGCACCAUUGUAUCAACAAUCCAAGGAGAUGGACAUUAUUAUUAGAAGAAGUGACAUUUAUCGGAGAAAAUGGCAAAAAGAACUAUUCUGUCGAACAUAUGCCACUACACAGGCCAUGAAAACACUCAGGAGUAAACGGUCAGUGUUCCUUACUGGGCGAUCUGGAGAUGGGAAGACAUCUACUGCUUAUCAUAUUCUUGAAGAAAUGAUGAAGGAAACUGAAUCAUAUAAAGCAUGUGUUGUAUCUGAGCUUGAGGAGAUACAACAUUUAGCAGCAAACGAAUCAUAUAUCAUACUUGUGAAUGACAUAUUUGGUACAAGUACCUUUUCUCUUUUCCAUUUUGAAGCAUGGAAACAACAUUUCCAGCUUAUAGAGGCAUUAGCUUGUGAAGGAAAAGUCUACUUCAUUGCCACAUCACCAAAUCACAUUGAGUUUAAAAUUCAAACAUCAGACAUUCCUGUUCUGAAAAACAUCAUUGACAUGACAUCAACAACAUAUAUGCUAAAGAAAUAUGAAAAACUUCAAAUGUUAACAGAAUAUUUAGGAAAAUAUGACUUGACCAUGACAGCAGCUGACAAAGACACUGCAGUAAGAUCUGAAGUUUCAGUAGGAUUUCCCCAGUGUUGUAAGCAAUAUGUUACAAACCAAGAUGUCCACAAGGAUGGAUCUAAGUUCUUUCAAAGGCCCCUUGAAUUACUCAAACAAAGAAUAUCAUAUUUGAAAGAACAUGACAAAUUUGCCUAUAUCAUUUUGCUGAUAGGUCUUCUUGAGAGAGGUAGAAUCUUUUUGGACACUAUUUCUGAUCCACCUUCACAUGUUGAUCACUUGAUUCAGCUUUAUGGUGUAAGUGAAAGUGCUUUUAAACAAAAUAUCAAAGACACAACAAAUAAACUGUGCAAGCUUGGCUACUUGGUGCGCCAUGAAAGGGAUGACACAUUUGAGUUUUCACAUCAGUCAGUUUAUGAUGCUGUUUGCUUAACUUUUGCACCAAUGGAUGAGAGAAAAUUACUUGAGAUAUGUCCAACAGAAUUUUUAAUUGGCCACACAGAUAUUUACACAGAAGAGAAAACAGAGACAACCAUGGUUCAAAUAAAAGACAAAUGCAGAGAUGUUCUCAUAGAAAGAAUAAUAAAAGAAUUAAGAAAUGGUGAAUGCAGAAUAAUUGAACAUAAAUCAUUUUGCAAAAAGGAGUUUGUGGAUGUUAUCUUUGGCAAAGAAGACUUCACCAAAGCCCUUGUUGAUAUGUUGACAAAAGCUGAAACCUCAAAAAUGUCAAUCAAAGUUAUAAAAACUAUCACUGAAGUGAAGAAGUAUACACCAUUUUUAGUGAAACUUUUGAAAUCGCUUGAUCAAAGUGAAGAACAUGUGAAAGCUGAACUUUUACAUGACAUCCUUGAAGGAGCAUGUCAUUCUGGAGACAUAAAUAUGUUUGAAGUAGUCAUUGCAAGGGGUGGGCAUCCUUGUGAGAACUGUUUAAUGGUAGCUGCAGAAAGUACCAGAGAUCGUCCUGAAAUCCUGCGACGAUUGACAAGAAAACGUGAGAAAACAUUUCAGAAAAAGAUUGUCAAAGUCCUUGUGAAGAAACAACGUGUAGAGACUUUGAAAGACAUAACAAAUUCAGUUAACUGGUUUCCUUUUCACAUACCAGCAAGGACAUUUAAACUUUUUAACAGUGCUUGUGUAAAUGGGAAUUUCAAGAUGUUUCAGUUGCUAGAAGACAAUAUCAAAAUGCCUGUAAACACUACUGAGCUAUUAAUAUCAGGGAUAAUAGGUGGCAACAAACAAAUAGUGAAGAGGUUAUUGAAUGCUGAAAACAUCAAUGAUGUUGAUGAUCUUGGGAGAACACCUCUUCACCAUGCAUGUUACAAUGCACCUGAUCUUUGUCAGAUGUUAAUCGAUAAAUGUGCCAGCUUAUCUCAGACAGACAACAGAGGAGCAACACCAUUCCAUAUGGCAUGUCAGACAAAGGACAGUAACACACUGAGGCAACUACUGGAUCUUGGUUUUCAAGUGACUGUAACUGACAUUCCAAAAACGGACACCCAAGAUGCGAAGAGGAUUUCACCAUUGCAUCUUGCAGCUUUGAAUGAAAAGGGAUCUACUCUUGUUGAACUCCUGGUAGAAAAUGGACCAAGAAAUAUUGAAAUGAUAAACUUUGCAAACAGAAAUAACUCCACUGCUUUACACAUUGCUAGCCAGAUGCCACAUGGAGAUAAGAUGAUUGUGAAGUUGAUGCAGAAGAGUGCUUCCCAUCAUUUAGAAGAUACACAAGGAAAAACACCAUUGCAUCAUGCAGCAGAGGCCAAUAUUCCCAAGAACAUUGCGUGUCUGUUAGAUUGGAAAGCAAAAGUUAAUGUGUGUGACCAUGAUGGUAAAACACCUUUACACUAUGCACUUUGCCAAAAAGAUAUAUCAAGAGAUGAAGAGGAUGCUCUGGCUGAUUCUGUAGACUAUCUGUUGCAACAUCAUGCUGAUGUCAAUCUUUCUGAUUCACAUGGAAAUACUGCUUUACAUAUUGCAGCUAAACAUCAAGCCCCAUUUCGGAUUGUCCAGAAGCUACUGCAGCAGUCUCAUACAGAUGUCAUUCUCAACAAAGAUGGGCUGUCACCUCUGCAUCUUUAUCUGUCCCCAGUGGCACUACUAGAUGUUACUGAUUUACUCCUGAAAAGGUUUCCUCAAAUACUCAAAACAAAAACAGGUGAUGGGAGAUCAGUGCUACAUGUUGCUCUAGUUAAAAAAUCACCUUAUGACAUUGUAGAACUUUUGCUGCCUGAUUCAGAUACAAAGUCAGUUGGUUGGGAAUCUAUCAAUCUUGACUAUUUGUUCAAGAUGUUUGAUGAAGAACAAAUCAUCUAUUUCUUGAGGCAUUGUGCACCUCAUUUCCCAAAGUCAACUAAAGUAAAUAUUAUGCACCAGCUUUGCAGCUUGGAGAUGUCACAUCCGAAAUGGGUGGAAGGAAUGAAUCUGCUAGAUGUCAAACUUUUUGUGUCAGAACCGGAUAAAAGUGGGUUAAGUGUUUUACAUAAAGUGGCAACAUCAUGUUUAAGGCUUAAAUACCUUGUCUGUAUGGGAGCUAAUGUUAAUAUAACAGAUCACUCGGGCAGCACACCACUACACUUUGCUGUAAACAAGGUGGAUGCUGUCAACUAUCUUCUGGAUAAUGGUGUUUUUCCUUGUACGCCUGACCAAUAUGGCAGUACACCUCUCCAUGUUGCUUUAGAACAUGGGGUGACUGAUCGAGCUGUGCUUAAAAAACUUUAUGAACCUCUGAUGUCAUGUUCAACAGACAUUGAAAAAUUCUUCCCAUUUCUUCACACAGCAGCAAAUUUCUCCACUAAAGAGGUGGUUCAGAUGAUAAUUAGCCUACAACCUGUGACAGAAAGAAAGCUUUUCAUGGAGGACAGAGAUGGCCAUCUCCCCAUACACUGUGCUGUGGCUGGUGGUGACCUGGAGGUGGUCAAAGUGCUGACUGCAGCCAUGAAGGCAGCAAGAAGCAGCUAUCAAGCAGCUGCAGAUGCACCUGGUCAGGACGGAGGCAGUGAAACUUGCCAGCUCAAUCUACAGGAGAUAGUUCCUUUGGGAGAAAAUGGAGAUUCACUGCUGCACGUUGCAGUUAACGGUCCUUCUCUUGAAAUAAUAGGAUUUCUGAUUAAGGAAGGAUUCCAUGUGAACAGUUGUGACAAAUCUGGAAAUACACCACUACACAGAGCCAUGUUUGGAAUGUCACAGUAUGACAUGGUAAUGUGUCUGUUGAAGGAAGGAGCUGAUUUGAAUUGUUUCAACAAAGAGGGAUUGACCCCUUUUCAUAUAGCCUUGACUUUGGUUGGUAAAUCUAGAAAUCUAGAUUUUGAACUGCUACUAAAUCAUGGGGCUUCCACCACUACCUGUACGCCGCAUGAUCAGAAAACCCCUCUACAUCUCUUGUGUGAACCAUUUGGGAUUCAUCAUACCCAGAUUUCUGACAAUUCUUACUUUCAAAGAAUGUUGAGGUUACUGAUAGAGAAGGAUUGUGAUGUUAAUGGGAGGGAUUCGAAAGGUCAGACCCCCCUCCAUGUGGCUGCUGGGGUUGAUAAUGCUGAAGCUAUUGACAUCCUACUUGACAAUGGAGCAGAGAUUGAUGCAGUUGACAAUGAAGGCAAGACACCUCUCCACCUAGCCUUAAACAAAGAAACAUAUGAAAAAAAACAUUACUGCCAUCCAUGGACUUAUGCCGCUGCUUUGAGUUUGGUUGAGCAACGUGCCAACCCACAUGCCAUCGUUCGUUGUGGACAGACCCCACUUUGUAUACUGGCAUCACUGGAUAGUGGGUUAUUGCCACAGCAAAAACGAUUAAAGAAGAUACGCCAGUUGCUAAAUGUCUGGGAGGAGUUGAAGGAUGUCUAAAUAGAUGUUUUCAUUACCUAAGUGUCCAGUGUUCAUAUAGUCAUCUACACGUACACAAAUAUUUGUUACAUACCAGUGAUUGUUCAAUAUAGAAAGAUCUGGCUCUGAAAAUCCUGACAAAAUUGACAAAAGUUGCUUUGAAGGUGUCCUUUGUAAACAACAUUUCAUUAGUAACUGUCCUUUGAUUUUUCUGGACAAUUGGAAGCUGAACAUGUGAGAAACAGAGUUCGGAUCUUUCUUGUUCCCUUUACACACAACAGUUGUAAAAACAGUUCACCUGUGCUUCAAGGAUACCUCAGAACUUUAGAUAUAGCCUCUAUAUAUUGAAUACCUAUUGGUUGUGAGCAUGUACAUAGUCUGUUUGACAUGUUGUACAGCUUUAUUACAAUUACUUAUGUGUUCUUCCUUUGAAUGUUAUUAUUUGUGUUUCCUUUCUUCGAGAACUUCCAUUUUACAAUUCAUAUUUUCAACUUAUGCCCCAAUCAAACAUUUAGUGUGUUGUACAUAAGAUUAGUGGUAUUUUCUUUUAUCAUGGUAUAGAUAAGUGAGGUACUUUGAGGAUUGGACUUACGAUAAUCUGUGUGUUGUGCAGAGUUACAUCCCUUAGUUUGAAUCUCUGAUUAUGAUCUUCUGUUUAUCAUCACCAUACCCAUACUCAUCCUUAUUACAAGUCACUUUUGGUUGUUAAUCAAGAGGGGGCAUGGGUGGUCCAGUCAUAUAAGCUGCUGAAAUUGGCUCUGCAGAAUUGUUUCCCUUUGGCAUGCCAGAAACUUAUGAUCAUGGGUUCAAAUCCUGGUCAGCAAUGUUAUGUCAGCACCAUAACCAUGCUUGUUUCACCAAAGUUGUAAACAUCUGAGACCUGCAUCUGUUCAGGCUUCACUCCAGCAUGAAGGUGGAACGCUGUCAGGUGACUUGAGGGGCUGUCGGGUAGCCUAGUGGUUAAAGCGUUCGCUUGUCACACUGAAGACCUGGGUUCGAUUCCCUACAUGGGUACAAUGUAUUAAGCCCAUUUCUGGUGUCCCUCACCAUGAUAUUGCUGGAAUAUUGCUAAAAGUGGCGUAAAACCAUACUCAUACUCAUGUAACUUGAAUACAUUUAAAGCGGUGUUUAACCCAACUCACUCAUUGUCAAUCAAGAAUAAGUUUGAUAUUCCUAAAAUACUAGCUUUUCCGCAUCCACUCACUCCCCCGACUAGGUUAUAUUCAAACCCUAUUCAUGUUUUAUUGGUUAAAUGUUUGUAUAUAGCACAUAUAGCUUAUAACCAUAUGUUGUUUAAAUUGUAUCAGCAAUAUUCUAGCUAUAGGACGACGGUCUGUAAAUAAUCAAGUUUGGAUCAGACAAUUGAUUGAUUGAGUGAUUGACAUCAUGAGCAUCGAUCUACGCAAUUGGGAUAUGAUGACAGACAUGGACAAUGUGAGUGACAGUGAAUAUCAUACCAGUUCACCAGUAUGACAACUGGGGCAUCAAAGAUGAGUUCACAUACAUCUAUGUACUUAGUUAAUGAUAUGUCAUAAUUAUCGCCUUUGCAUUAUUUUUUGGUGUAUUUACUCUGUAAAUAAUAUUAAUAUUAAUAAUUAAUCUGUAUAUCAGAUCGGUUCUAGGACAUUGACUAAUUGUCAUCCAAAUUAUCCAAAAGAUGUGUUUCAAGUUUUGGUAAUGACAGAAGAAUGUCCUAUCAAAAGUCAAUAUGCAAUUGGUCAGUAUUUGGUCUCCAGCAAAAUCACUACUUGCUAAAAUUGUGAUUUAUGUGAUUGUGAGAUAUAUGCACUAUCUUAUGCCAAAGUUUCCAAUCUCUCAGGUUACUAAAAACACAAACUAUUUAUGGAAAAUAGUUUGUUACAACUACAAGGGGAAAUAGUAAUAACGGUAAACAGAGGUUAUGUCUGCUGUGUUUUGAGUAUAGAGAUAUGUUAUUGUAAAUUUGAUACUUCUAAAUAAUAUUUGAAAAUGAAUGUUUA